AUGGGCUCGAUUGCAACACACGAGGGUGCCCCUCCGUCCCUGGAGGAGCCUGGUCAACUUUACCUGAUCGGUAGCGGUGUUGGUCAUGCGAUGGCUCCCGUCAUCCACAACUGCGUCGCCCAGCAGAUCGGAGCUCAAUGGCAGUUCAGCAACCUCGAUGUCCAGUCCAAGGACGAGGCUUUGCAAUACAUCCGUCGCGCCGAUUUCAAGGGCUGCGUCCCCACCAUGCCUCUCAAGAUUCAACUGUUGGACGUCGUCGACGAGGUCGAUCAAGCGGCUCAGGCGAUCGGUGCCAUCAACAACAUUUACCGACGCGAUGGCAAGCUGCUGGGUGCCAACAGCGAUUGGAUCGGCAUCCUGCGUCCCCUGGAGAAAGACUUGGCUCAACAAGGUGUGCAGGCCUCGUCCCAGGGAGGCUACGGGCGGGAUGGGUUGAUCAUCGGAGCAGGCGGUGCUAGUCGAGCAGCUGCCUAUGCCUUGACCAAGCUGGGCUGCCGCACCAUCUACGUCAUCAACCGCGAUGAUGACGAGGUCGACGUCUUCAGCAAGGAUGUACAACAGCGCUUCGCUGCCGUCUCGCUCCCGGCCCCCUCCAUCGUGCACCUGCGCAGUGUCGAGCAGGCUCAGCAAGCUCUGUCUGCGUCCCGAGACAGCGGUUCCAGCCAGCGGGCGCAGCUGUUGGCCGUCAGCUGUGUUCCGGACCUGGAGCCCAAGUCGGAAGCGGAAAAACGUGCGAGUGCCGUGUUGGAACUCGUCUUGGGGCAGACCACGGGCACCUUGUUGGAGAUGGCGUACAAGCCCCGCAUCACGCGCACCUUUACCGCAGCGCAGAAGCACGGCUGGCGCGUCAUCGAGGGCAUCCACGUCAUUGCCGAGCAAGUCCAGACCGUUUGGCGCCUCUUCGCCGGCGUUGACUUGACUGACGAGCAGGCACGCACAGCUCAGAACGAGCUUUGGAAGCAGGCAGCCACUCGCGAUGAACUCAACGUCAACGGCAUCCCCGAGCCUUUGUCGCUGUAA